AUGAGCGGAAAAGUACUUAUGAUUGACGGAGAACGUAUCUCUGGUCAAGAUGUUAGAACUCAAAAUGUCACUGCUGUAACAGCUAUUUCAAAUAUUGUAAAGACAUCAUUUGGACCAAUUGGAUUGGACAAGAUGUUGGUUGAUAAUAUAGGAGAUAUUACCAUCACCAAUGAUGGUGCUACUAUUCUAAAGAUGUUGGAGGUUGAACAUCCAGCAGCAAAGGUAUUGGUUCAACUCGCCGAUCUUCAAGAUCAAGAGGUAGGUGAUGGUACAACUUCUGUUGUUAUUCUUGCAGCAGAGUUAUUAAAGCACGCAAAUGAGUUGGUACUCAAAAAGAUUCAUCCAACCGUUAUCAUUAGCGGUUAUCGUAUUGCAUGUACAGAGGCAAUCAAAUACAUCAAUGAAACAUUGGCUGUAAAGGUAGAGACUCUCUCCAAGGACUAUAUUAUCAACACUGUAAAGACAUCAAUGUCAUCAAAGAUUAUUGGUGAUGACAGUGAAUUCUUUGGAAAGAUGGUCGUCGAUGCUUUGGCUCGUAUCAAAACCAUAGACUAUAAGGGUGAUGCUAAAUAUCCAAUCAACUCUGUCAACAUUCUCAAGGCUCACGGUAAGAGUGCCAAGGAGAGUAUGCUCGUUGAAGGUUAUGCCCUCAAUUGUACCGUCGCCUCUGAAGGUAUGCCAAAGCGUAUUGCUGGUGCAAAGAUUGCUUUCCUCGAUUUCAACCUUCAAAAGGCAAAGAUGAAGUUGGGUCAAAAGGUUGUCGUUACAAAUGUUAAUGAUUUGGAAGCUAUUCGUGAUCGUGAAAAUGAUAUCAUUAAAGAAAGAAUUCAAUUAAUAUUAAAAUCAGGAGCAAAUGUUGUUUUGACAACCAAAGGUAUCGAUGAUUUAUGUCUUAAAUAUUUUGUAGAAGCAGGAGCAAUGGCCGUUAGAAGAUGCAAGAAAGAAGAUCUCAAGAGAAUUGCAAAGGCUUGUGGUGGUACAGUACUCAUUUCACUCAACAAUCUCGAAGGUGAUGAAAGUUUUGAUACAUCUGCAUUGGGUUCUGCCGAUGAAGUUGUCCAAACACGUAUUGCCGAUGAUGAACUCAUCCUUGUCAAGAACUCUACCAACAAGAAGGCAGCCUCUAUCAUUUUACGUGGUGCCUCAUCAUUGUUGCUCGACGAAAUGGAACGUUCACUCCAUGAUUCAUUGUGCAUUGCCAAACGUACUUUGGAAAGCGGAACCAUUGUACCAGGUGGUGGUGCAGUUGAAUCAGCCCUCUCUAUCUAUCUCGACAACUUUGCCGAGACUAUGGGUUCACGUAAACAAUUGGCCAUUAGCGAAUUUGCCGAAUCACUCCUCGUCAUUCCAAAGCAACUUGCUGUCAAUGCCGCUCAAGAUGCCACUGAACUCGUUUCAAAACUCAGAUCCUAUCACCAUGCUGCUCAAACUGACGCUACCAAGAAAUCCUACAUGUACAGUGGUCUCGAUCUCAUCAACGGCAAGGUUAGAAAUAAUCUAGAGGCAGGUGUACUCGAACCAGCCAUUGCCAAGGUUAAAUGUAUCAAGUUUGCUACUGAAGCUGCUAUCACUAUCCUCAGAAUAGAUGAUAUGAUUAAACUUAAUCCAAAGGAACAACAACAAGAUCCACAUGGUCAUUAA